UCAAGAAUACCAAAGAACAGAACUGAUCUCCGCUGAUCUGGCAAAUAGUUUGAAUAGACCAAGCAAGAGCUGAAAGAGAGUCAGAUAUAAAUGGAGAUUGAGAGAGAGUUUAUAUACACCAGCUAUCUGUAUAAUUAGACACGCUAAGGCAAUAAAACGUGAUUCUGACAUGCCUAUAACGCUUAUUUGAUUUGAACAGAGAGAGAGAGAGAGAGAGAGAGAGAGAGAGAGAGAGAAAGACAGACAGACAAACAGAAAGAGAAAGACAGAGAGAGACUGUGGGUCCUUCUCCGUCUCUAAGCCUGACUGGAGCAGAUGAGUCCCGGGGGCCCACUGGAGCCCGAAACCCGAGACCUGCAGCUGGAUAAGAUUUCUGUUUACAUACAGAGAGAGAGAGGGAGGGGGAGAGAGAGAGCGUAGGCCCACACAAACACAUGCAGAUGAAAGUCCUCACGCUGAAGUGCAAACGGGUAGGCAGAGAUUGUGGAAAACCAGAGCGUGUGUCGGGUUACCGUUUCGCUCCUCCCUCGCACCCAGCAGAGGCCAGGAACGUUUCAACACUGUCCGCGUGCAAACUGGUCCUCUCCUGUGACAGCCGUCGACAACUAGAAAUGACGGUCCUGCACGGCGCGCCUGAGUAUUUCCUCCUCUUGUCCAUGACGGGCGCGAGGGAUCCCGGUCUUUCGUGAAUCCCUGUCAGCGGUGCCAUCUGUAAGACAAUGCACGAUAUGGAAGCUGGAAGACCGCCUGAGAUCAAGCGCAGCAGGAAACCCGCGCGCCCCGUUAAACGGGAACUGAACCAGGAGAUGAAGUCUUUUGCAGAGAGCACCAUGAACGAGCUACUGGGCUGGUAUGGCUAUGAAGAAGUGGACUUGCAAGAAGUUUCCGGAGCCGAGAACAGAAAGCCCUGUGUCAAGCGCCACGUGUCAGUGCUGAGAGAAAAUUCUGUGCCAAGUGCUCAGGUUGAGGGGGCAUCCUCGGAGAACGAGAAACAUGGAGAGAGAGAAGCCGCCAAAGCUUGUGCCAUCUCUGACUCGGCCUCCAUCACGUCCUCCACCACCUCCUCCUCCUCUGAAGAGAGGGAGUCUCGGGACACACACGUUAUCGUUCCUCUGAUCAAGCCAUCUGCAAUAGAGGAGGUGCAGAAUGUGAUGAUAGUGUGUGUGUGGUGUCAGAGGGAGGGUGUUCGUCGUUUCUCUCUCCUCAUGGGACUCCAGCUGAAGAGUUUCUGCAGUGAGAAAUGCUUCUUCGCCUGUCGCAGGGCCCACUUUAAACGCAACAAGGCUAAUGAUUCUAGUUGCCAUGGUGAUGAAUCUCCCGGUGGUAAGGAGGAAAAGGAAAGCCUCCCCAUCCCCAAAAUGAAGACCAGUGCUAACAACAAAGUUUGUGAUUGGUGCAAACGGCUGCAGCCUACGCACGAGUCCCUGGCCACGGGGACGGGGGAUGAGCGUCUUCAUUUCUGCAGCUCCGAGUGUGUGAACCAGUACAAGAUAGACGUCUUCUACCGAGAGGCCCGAGCCGCGCUCACCGCCAGGCAGUCCACCGAGGACCACGCCGCAGAAGUCAAGGAGUCAAAGGUCAAGGAGGGGUCACCCAGGUCACCCAGGUCACCUCUCCUCACCCCAGCAUCCUGGACAAGUGCCCUGAAACCGAUGCACUUGCCAAAAAACCCUCCUGCGUCAUCAUCAUCAUCAUCAGCAGCAGCAGCAGCAGCAGCAGCAUCUGAGCCAAUCAGCGUGUGCCAAAGAACGAGUCUGUGCCACUCAUCCAUCUCCUCCUCUUCCUCUCUUCCUCCCCUCUCUUCGCCCAGCCAGGAGAGGUUCACCAUCACCAGGGUAACAGCACCGCCCCCACCACCUCCCCAACCUCAGUGCCCCUCCUUACUCCGACCCCUGCCCUCACCCCUGAUCAUUCACCCCCACACGCCACACACACUGCCAUCACACACACCCCCUCCACCCUCACACACACGCUCUCCCUCACAAACACUCGCUGCCACUCAAACACAUUCCUCUCUCCGGCUGGCACACGUGCGCCCACCCCCCGUCAUCCCACCCUUCCUCAUGCCCCCUUUCCCUGGCGCUCCCAUGAUGCACUUCCCCCCAGGCUGCCCCCCGGUGGGGUCCCACAUGCCCACCCACCCCCACGCGCCCCAAUACGUCCUCCCCAUGCCCUCUCUCCCUCCGCCUUUCCCUCAAAACACCAUCAUCGUGCCCUAUCCCAUAUUUAUCCCUCUGCCGGUUCCCGUGCCGAUACCUUUCCCACUGCUGGUGCCAGUGGAGGCACACACACCAUCGCACACGUCACCAGCGACGGGUGGCCAGGCUCAUGCACCUCUGGCCGACCAAGGAGACAUAACGCUCACGGGAGUGUGUGUUAAAGCAGAGAACCCGUCCUCACCGCACACACACACUCAGGCUCAGGCAGCAGCAGUAGCCCACAGCGCGCGCUCCAAUACUGAGGAAGAGGAAGAGGAAGAAAAUGAUGAGGAUAUGGAGGAAGAGAGAGAGACAGAAGUGGAGGAGGAGGACGACGACAAUAAAGUACAUGACAAGAACCCAAUGAUGAACAGACAGAGAGAAGAAUGGAGGGAGAGGUGGAGAGAGAGGGAGGUCAUUCAGAGCUUGACUCUGAUCCCUCCAGUGACUGCGGAGACUGAAGCCCACGGAGGAGCCGGGGAGAAAGAGACGGCUGACGAGUCUGACUGGAGCUCGGGCCGAACACACCUGUGCCCACAACGCCAACAACGCCACGCUGCUGAAACGCCACACACUCUCCCCACACACUCACGUCAUACACCUCACACACACAGCACAGACAGCCCUCACACACAGUGCAUCUGCACACACUACGUCUGCUGUGCAGGGACUUGCCGAUCAAAAACAUCUUUCACAGUCACCACACAUUACACACACCAACAGCUCAUAUACACACUUGCCAACAGUGCCAAGGGCGGCUAUCUGUGCUGUCAGUCAAACUGUUGUCAUGCCAACAGACUCCUCCCACAAACUGUCCCCACCCCUUGAGUCCUCUGAAAGUCAAUCUGAGGAACUUAAAGAGAACUGCGUCUGGAAUGGGCAGUGCCAUGAAUUGACUGACAGCCAGGCGCACAAAUCAGAUGGCUCGAGGGGAGCUGAGGAGGAGUCUCCUUCAGAGGACGAAGAACACACACACGCUGAACACACUCCUGCCAAACACACACACACACUGAAGCGUGACCACACACAGAUGGAGUCACACACACAAUCACUGCAGGAGCACUCGGAGGAGAAACCGGAGGAGAAGAAAUGCUGUCUACAGAUCAGAGACCAGAACUCAUAGAAAGGGUUAUCGGUGCCAUUGACUGAGGACCACUCAUACUGUCUAAGCCAAUCAACAGUGAAGUAGCCAAGCCACGCCCCUUUUGGAACCCCCUUGGUUCUUAAUGGAAGACAAACCCUUCUCUUUGAGACAUCAUGUGUCCAGUGACUGAGUUACACAUACACACACACACACUCACACACACACACACACACACACACACACACACACACACACACACACAUCUUCACAAGGAUCUUCAGAGAAAUUUGUCUUUUUCUGUUACAGAAACACAAACUUUUUUUUCUCCACUUAUCAUCUUUCCACAUCCUGAAAAGACUAAAUAAAACACACACACACUGAUUUAACUUGAAAGCACUCUUGACACAUUUUAUUACAGUAUUACAGUGCCUACAGUUAUUAUUCUCAACAGGGUUCAUUUGUUGUUUCCAGUCCUGUCCAGUAGAUGGCAGCAUUAGUAUAAUACACAAUGUGGACCAUCAACGUUAAAUAACCACACCAGGCAUCAAUUUAUGUAAUUUGAGAGUUUGAUAAAAAAUAUAAAUCUCUUUGUGACUA